AUGGCGACUCCUCACGUGAUAGCAUCCUCACACUCGUCGUCCGCGACGACGACCAACAACGGCAUUGUCGGCAACCAUUUCCGUGUCGGCAAGAAGAUCGGCGAGGGCUCCUUCGGUGUCGUCUUUGAGGGAACAAAUUUGAUUACGAGCCAGCCAGUGGCCAUCAAGUUUGAACCGCGCAAGUCGGACGCACCGCAGCUGCGCGACGAGUACCGGUCAUACCGCACUCUCAACGGCACUCUGGGAGUGCCGCAGGUUCACCAUUUCGGACAGGAGGGUCUGCACAACGUGCUGGCCAUUGACCUACUGGGUCCCAACCUCGAGGACUUGUUCGACAUGUGCGGCCGUCAAUUCUCCAUCAAGACAGUCUGCAUGGCCGCGAAGCAGAUGGUCACCCGCAUCCAGUCCGUGCACGACAAGUCGCUCAUUUACCGCGACAUCAAGCCAGACAACUUCCUCGUCGGUGUACCCGGUACGAAGAACGCCAAUGUCAUUCACCUCAUCGACUUUGGCAUGGCGAAGCACUACCGUGAUCCCAAGACGAAGGUCCACAUCCCAUACCGUGAACGCAAGUCACUUUCCGGCACCGCGCGUUACAUGUCCAUCAACACGCACUUGGGCCGCGAACAGUCUCGACGUGAUGAUCUCGAGUCUCUCGGGCACGUCUUCAUGUACUUCCUCCGUGGCGGCCUUCCCUGGCAAGGUCUCCGUGCAGCGACCAACAAGCAAAAGUACGAGAAGAUUGGCGAGAAGAAGCAGAGCACGCCCAUCGCGGAGUUGUGUGAAGGUUUCCCGGAGGAGUUCGCGAUCUACAUGAACUACGUCCGGAAACUCGGCUUCGAGGAGAACCCGGAUUACGAUUUCCUUCGGGAAUUGUUCACCAAGGUCUUGAGGAACGCGGGAGAGCAGGAGGACGGCGUCUACGACUGGAUGCUGCUCAACAACGGCAAGGGAUGGGAGGCGGGCCAUACGUCAUCCACUGUCCUCGCACAGGCACAUGCCGCCGCACCCGCUCAAGCGCAGAACCAGAGCGCCGCGCGCGAGCAGCGUCAUCGUGAGCGCGAGGAAAGGCGUGGGAGCCGGCGUGCACAGGCCGAGCUUGCAAGCCCAUCGAGCGCCCAUCUCAAGACGCCGCGCCGUCCAACUGCCGACUCCCGCGGUCAGUCUCGUGGGGCCGAUGCCAGCGUACAACCUCUCGCACCUGCCAGCCGUCGCGCAUCUCAGCAGCAGGUAUCGCAAGUACACCCGUACGCUGCGGCACCGAGCUACGGUCGUACACCACCGAACGGCUACAGGCCCGAGAGCCAGGCAAAUACGCCUCCCACCGGUGUCAACGGCAGCGACGCGUACAGGUACGGCGGUACUCCUCAACCGCAGAGUGCACCGCGCACGGAUAUGGCGGUCUACGACCGUGGGAUGCCCCAGACCGACGACGAGCACGGAGGAAGGAGGAAGAGGGGAUUCCUGGGGCUGUUCUGCUGCGCUUAG